CCUUGCGCCUUUGUUUGCCCCGCAUCAAGAACCUAGCCAGUCACCAGUUGGGUACCUGCUCGAGACCUGAAAGUUCGAAGGACCACCCACGUGUGGCUCUCCACACCACACCGGACGGCGGCCGCUGGGCAGCCGCCGCUUAUAAGUUAUAAGUCGCCGGGUUGCUCGCAAGAGCGAUUCUCAGCCCCCGCCCCCGCACCGGCCUUCUCGGCCACCGGAAACGACAUGGCGGCCACAGUCGCGCACUCGCAGCACGCACCACCGCCCGGGCUGCACCCCUUACAAACGGCACCGGUGAAAGCCGCCGGCAGUGGGCAGGAGCCGACACAAGAGAAGAAUAUCCUCGACGACAAGCCAUUUGACAUUGGCGCCGGGAGGCUAUCAGCGAGCGACUUCGUCCGGGUGCGGACAUUAGGGACAGGGACCUUCGCCCGCGUCUGUCUCGUCCGGCCGUCCCACGGCACCGAGGCUGACCGCAGCAAGGUGUAUGCGCUCAAGAUCCUCCGCAAAACCGAGGUGAUCAAGCAGAAGCAGCUCGAUCAUGUGCGUCACGAGCGCCAGAUAUUGGCCGACGUACGGGGCCACCCCUUUAUCACCAACUUCCUCGCGUCCUUCGCCGAUCACGACUUUCUCUAUUUCCUCCUCGACUACGUGCCCGGCGGCGAGCUCUUCACCUACGUGCGCAAGUUCCGCCGCUUCGACGAGGACACGGCCCGCUUCUACGCCGCCGAGAUCGUGCUGGUCCUCGAGCACCUGCACGAGGAGCAAGGCGGCGUCGCCUACCGGGACCUGAAGCCCGAGAACCUGCUGCUCGACGCCGAGGGCCACAUCAAGCUGGUCGACUUUGGCUUCGCCGUGCGGCUCGGGAAUAACGAAUCCGGCCACCCCGUCGAGACCUACACCAUGUGCGGCACCCCCGAGUACAUCGCGCCCGAGGUGAUCCAUAACAAGGGCCACACCACCGCGGUCGACUGGUGGGCGCUGGGCAUCCUCAUCUACGAGUUCCUGAUGGGCUUCCCGCCGUUUUGGCACUCCAACAAGAUGGAGCUAUUCAAACAAAUCGUCGAAAAACCCGUCGUCUUUCCGAGCGAGCCGCCCGUCAGCGCCGCCGCGCAGGACAUCAUCCGGCAGCUGUGCACCGUCGACCGCUCGCGCCGGCUGGGCAACAUCUCGGGCGGCGCCGCCCGCGUCAAGGAGCACCCCUUCUUCGCCGCCGUCGACUGGGACGCCGUCUACCACAAGCGCCGCCCGGGCCCCAUCAUCCCCCCCGUCCGCUUCCCCGGCGACACCCAGUGCUUCGACGUCUGGCCCGAGGAGGACGAGCACUGGGACGAGUACACCGACGAGCUGGCGGAGCGGUAUGAGGCGUGCUUUAGCGAUUUUUAGAGCUGGGCUGGCGAGGGGAGUAAAACUCUCUCCUUUUUUUUUCCCACUCUCUUUUCUUCAUGCUUGAGGUUCUUGGCUGGGUUCUGUUUUUGGUGCGAAUACCCGGUUGU